UUCUACAUCGCUUUCACACAAUGAUAUUUCAUCAAAAUAGACUCGUGAUGAGGCGAGGUCGGAGAAAGAAAGUUAAAGAAGUGAAUUACGUAAACUGAACUAAUCCUUGCCUUCAUUAAGAAGUUUUCAAGUUACGCUGAAUCAUCGAUUUUAAAACUCUCAGUACUCAGUUUUCAGGAGUUCGGUCAUCAAAAUAUUAAAAAUAAUGAAAAUUCUUGUGAUCAAAUAAUUUCAGUGAAACUAAGGAACAUCAGUGGUUUAAGAUAUGAGCGGCCUUACGGAAAUGGAUGGAUCCAAGGAAAUGAGUAGCUCCGAAGAAAUGUGUUGUUGCAAGGAAAUGAGUGGCUCCAAGGAAAUGAGUAGCUCCGCAGAAAUGAGCGGCUCCAAGGAAAUGAGUGGCUCCAAGGAAACGCUUUGCUCUGCAGCAAUGAGUGGCUCCAAGGAAAUGAGUGGCUGCAAGGAAAUGAGUGGCUGGAAGGAAAUGAGUAGCUCCAAGGAAGUGAGUGGCUCCAAGGAAAUGAGCAGCUCCAAGGAUAUGAGUGGCUCCACGGAAAUGAGUGGCUCCAAGGAAAUGAGUGAAAAAGGAACCAAAGAAAUGAGUGAAAAUGAGGAAGAAGGUUCAGGGUUUGCAGAACAAUGUUUCUACGCUAGUUUCAAGAUCUAUCUGAGUCCUCCUGAACCCCUCGAGGGGGAUAAUAAUUCAGGAUCUAUUCUGUCCCAGGAAGUUAUCAGGGUUGAGAAAACUAUGGAGAUAUCUGAAUCAAGUGAGGAUGAGGAUGAACCUACUCUAAGCCUAUCAACAGUAGAACUAGGAGCAGAAGAGAAGAAUAUGGAUCUAUUAGUUUAUAAUCAGGAUCAGGAUGAAGAACUCAAUGAAUCCAAUCGAAGGAGAAGUACCAGUGAAUCCUCUAUGAUUGGAAUUGAAAGAUCAAGAAGUUCGAAAAGGUUGGGUGGAGGAAGGGGGUUUGAAGUUACUCAAAGCGUGGAUAGAAGUACAAGGGAGAGAAGUCCUGUGUUUUUCCUUGAACCUGAUGAUUGGAUACGAACCCAGGGUUCUAGUCCCUUUCCUUGUAGUUCCAGCAAACUCCUGGAUUCUCUGAGCUCCAACCUAGACGUUUUCUCCGAGUCCGAAGAAAACUUGAAUGCGGAGUUAACAAAUAUCUCUUCAACCUGGACUAAAUCAGAUAUAAAAUUCCAAAGAUCCCAAAGUGAAACUCCGUCCUCUAUGCUCCGGGAUCCCGGGAUUAGAUCCAGGUCUAGUACUCCAGCAGGGUUCUACUACCCGGAGCAAACUAGGAGAGGAACGGAGGAAGAGAGGCAGAGGAAAAUUGUAAUUCCAAUCCUAUCCUAUAGGAAUGCCUUGAUGGCUGAGACCGUUAACAGUUGUGAAAGUCUUAACAGUUUGAGCGGUAGUCGAAGAUCUUUGGACGUGGAUUCUCUUUCUCAUAUACGCGGCAUUCCGUACCAGCGCACGCUUUCACUCAGGUAUAUGCUGCAUUUCGUACCAGCUGAAGGUUUCACUCAGGUAAACGCGGCAUUCCAUACCAGCACACGCUUUCACUCAGGUAUACGCGGCAUUCCGUACCAGCGCACGCUUUCACUCAGGUAUACGCGGUACUCCUUACCAGCGCAUGCUUUCACUCAGGUAUAUGUAGCAUUCCUUGCAAGCACACGCUUUUACUCAUAUAUACGCGGCAUUACUUCCAUAGUUCAUAUUUUCACUCAGGUAUUCGUGGUAAAUUCUGUUCAGCAUACACUUACUCACGCAUUCACUUAGGCAUACGCGGCAUUC